AUGCUUUCACAGAUCAUUCCAGUUCAGCCCUCUGAAUCAGAGUACCACGUGUCUUAUCCUGGCAAGUACCUUUUUACACUGGAUGAGCCCAACAGGUGUCAACAGGAAAGCCCUUUCUUAGUCAUCAUGACCCCGGUGGCGCCGCACAACAGAAAGGCCCGUGACACCAUCCGCAGCACAUGGGGAAGCGAAACCACAGUGCUGGGUCAGCGGGUCAGCCAUUACUUCCUGCUGGGACUCUCUGAUGGGACAGGACCCCUUCAGAAGCAGCUUUUACAGGAGAGCCGAAGACAUCAUGAUAUUCUUCAGAGUAACUUCUUGGACACUUACAAAAACCUCACCAUCAAAACCAUGAUCAUGUUCGAAUGGCUCAUUUCUCAUUGUCCCAACUCCUCCUACGCCAUGAAGGUUGACUCCGACAUGUUCCUUAAUGUCCACAACCUCGUACACAUGCUGUUGAAAGCCCCCCGGCAGCUCUACAUGACAGGAAGGGUGGAAAGGAAAGCUCCUGUUUCCAGAAAUCCCAAAUCAAAGUGGUAUCUGCCGGUUUCAGCCUUCCCUGAGUCUAAAUACCCGCCAUAUGCUAUGGGCCUGGGCUAUGUGUUCUCUCUGGAUCUACCAAAGAGGGUGCUGGAGGCAUCCUCACAUGUUAGGGCUAUUUACAUUGAAGACGUGUACGUGGGUAUGUGUCUGAGACAUCUGAGGAUACCGCUGAGCAACCCUCCUCACAGGGGACUGUUUGAGUUAAACGUUCCUCAUCCUGAAAGCCGCUGUUAUUGGACCUCUGUCAUAACGACAACAGUGCGGCGCUCCAAACAGCUUCGAAAGGUGUGGACAAAAUAUCAGACUCAGAUCAAACGUGGCUGUGCCAAACAGAGGGAGACGGCAUGGGAGAACAUUGCGGCUCGGGUCAAUGCGUGCAAUCCCGCGGGGAAGAAGCGCACCUGGCUGCAGCUUAUGAUGAAAUAUAAAAACAUUGUUCAAACAGCCAACAGAAAGAAAGCAGAUGCCCGUAAAACGGGUGGCGGCCGAGCACCGCCACCUCUAAUGGAGGCAGAGGCGCUGGCCCUGAGACAGAAUUUUGGAAGGCCAGCGACUGAGGGAAUCCCUGGAGGGAGCUCAUCCUCUGAGCCCACCCCCCAAGACACAAGUGCCUUUAUAACAUAUUCUGAUGGUGCUAUCUGCCUGGUGGAGCCCCCUCACGCCACAACAGACCUUGUAACUGAUGAAGAGUACGAGGAGACUUUGUCUGCUGCCUUCACAGAGGGGGAACCAGAAAGGCCUGGCUGACAUCUGUGCUGCCUUUACAUGAGCAACAGCGCUCUCUUGUGGUGAGACGUGACAGAAAACUGAAAAGAGAAGAGAAAAAGAGAAUAUUUAACAUGUUGGCAAUUAAACAGCGUGCACAAUU